AUGAACCAAGUUGGCGAUGUGCUAGAAUCUUGGCCAUCAGAUCUGUUUGAAAUUCGAACAACUUCUUAUGGGGGCCGUGCUUGUUUUGCGACGCGCGACAUUCCGGCAGAUACUGAGGUCUUGGUGAUAAAUCGUAGUUUGGGAAACUCUAUAUGUCAUGAGUUUCGCAAGGAGGUUUGUAGUUCGUGCUUUCAGUACGAAUAUGGUCGCACGAUGAAGGUGAGGCUCCCUCGAGGCUAUUCUCAAAUCGCCCCAAAAGGCGCUGGUUUAUGGUUUUGCAACGAAGGUUGCCGAGGUCAGUUCUUAAGUCAAGACCAUAUAAAACACCUAGUCGAGGCCUAUGAAACUUUAGAACAAAAUUGGGUAUCCCAGAGAUCAAAAAGGAAAGCGGAAGAGUCCGCCGAAAAUAUUGAGUAUGCCGUCGAGAUCACGGCUGCAGACGUCGAUAGGGCAUGGAACCGGUUAGAGUGUGAAUGGGUCCAAAAGGUUGCUCUUCUCAAACUCUCCCGGAGGUCGUGUUUCUUGCCUGUUAUCGACGAGGCCGAAUUUGCUUGUGCAAGGUUUGUCACUAACUGCCUAUUUACACUUCUGACGGCGGAUGAGAACAGCCCCCAGAUACUUGCGUUCCAAUGCCUCCAGUCAAAUGAGCUGCCGAAAAUCCAGAAAUUUCCACCUCUGUUGCAACUUCAGCAGAAUGUAUACAAAACCUUAAAAAUACUACUACCGCCUUUUCUAAAUUCUGCACUGAACAUUGAAAUCUUUCGACAUAUUUUGGGAUCUGAAUACGGGAACUCUUUUGGUAUAUGGCAACUAGAAGAGGAUAGUGACAGCAGAGAAUAUCUAGGAUAUUGGGUCCUGCCCGAGGCCUCUUUUUUCAACCAUUCGUGCGCCCCGAACCUUGAAAAAUGUCGUCGAGGAAACUGCAUGACCUUCAAGUUAACCACACCUGUGCAUAAGAAUCAAGAGCUAUGCGUGGACUACAAAGGAAUAUUACACUUGCCAGUCCAAGAAAGGCGUAACGUUUUGAAAGAUAACUGGUUUUUUGACUGCGGGUGCGAUCGGUGCCUCUCCGAAACCUUGGUGAAGAAAGCCUAA